ACUAAAAAAGGCUCAGGUUUUGUCACUGUGAUAGAGCAUACUCCUUUUCUUGCUGCAAGGAAGCAUGGCAUAUCGCAUAAACAUACACGAUCCUUACUAGGACCUCCAGUGUGCAGUCACUUUAGAGGACAUUGCUAAGACUAAUAGCAUUGCUGCAGUUCUAUCCUAACCUUGGUUCUCAACCAUGAGUUGUGUACCGUGGAAAGGAGAUAAGGCAAAAAGUGGUGGUGAAUUUCAAGAACCUCUUCCAGCUCAAAUUUACCAUGAGAAACAGCGACGGGAACUAUGUGCUCUCCAUGCCUUGAAUAAUGUCUUCCAGGAUGCUGGAGCGUUCAACCGCGAAGCCCUUCAGGAGAUAUUCCAGAGGUUGUCCCCCAAUACGCUGGUGACCCCACACAAGAAAAACAUGUUGGGCAAUGGAAACUACGAUGUCAAUGUGAUUAUGGCAGCACUUCAAACCAAGGGAUAUGAAGCUGUGUGGUGGGAUAAGAGAAGGGAUGUUGGCUUGAUCUCUCUUUGUAAUGUCACUGGGUUCAUUAUGAAUCUCCCAUCAAGUCUGUCCUGGGGACCCUUAAAGCUCCCACUUAAGAGACAGCACUGGAUAUGUGUGCGUGAGGUCGGUGGCACUUAUUUCAACCUGGAUUCCAAGCUAAAGAGGCCCGAGCGGAUUGGAAGUGAUGAUGAUUUAAGGACAUUUUUGCAACAUCAGCUAAGGGGCAAAAACUGUGAACUGCUUUUAGUGGUGCCAGAGGAAGUUGAAGUUCAUCAGCGCUGGCGGACUGACCUGUAAUGAACUUUGGACUUUUUUUUUUACACCAUUUUGUUCUUUUCUUCACUACAGUUUAUUAACUAUUGUUGACAAUCUCUGUUGUGGAUGUAGCCCUGUAUUUGUCCUCUAGAAGAAAAAGGUCAGGUGAAAUGGGCAUUAUAGCCUUUUCCCUUCUGCAAUAUGGAGGACCAAGCCACAGUUUUUUUUUCUUGUGUGACUCAAAACAAGAGGAGCUGAUUCAUCUCAGUAAAGUCUAAAUUAACAAAGAAGUAAUGAACAGUGUAUUGUGGGUU